AUUCAGAAGAAGAAUAUUAAGAUGGAAAUUAAGAAAAUACCUAACACAGCAAAAGUUCAGCCGAUAAUCAAUUUCAUCUUGAAUAAAAUAAUUAAUUAGAAGAAGAAUAAUAAUAUAUAACAUAUACUACAACAAAUUAAGAUACCCUAAUAGGCUUAUCAAUAAAGUUUAAUAUUUCAGAAGCUAAAAUUAAAAUGAUUAAUGGUAUUUCCGAUUUAUUAUUUCCAGGAUUAGUAAAAGGAUAUUUUUUUUUAAAAAAAAAAUUAAUUUAAUUUAAAAAAAUAAUAAAAAAGUAACUUAAAUUUCCUGUCCCAAAAGAAACAGCUUAAAUAUAAUUUAGUAAAUCUUUUACAAUUAGUAAAAAUAAUUCUAGAGAUUUUACAGAUAAAAGCUUAUCACCUGUAAUCAAAACUACUAAAUAAGUCAAAGAAAAUAACGAAUAAAAUUUACUAACAUUAAAUGUUAUAAAAGAUGUAUAAGAUGAGGAAUAAAAAAUAUAAGAAAACUAAGAAUUUAUUUAAUUAUCAUAAGAAAUUUAAAAUAAAAAUGAAAUAAAAUAAAACUUUUAUUAUUGUACAUAACAAGGAAAUAUUUUGGGAAACAUUAUAAUAACUGAUAAAUAAAUAAGAUUUGAUCCUUCAUUAUCAUAUUCAAAUAAUAUGAGUUAAUUAUAAAAUAUUAUAAGAAAUACCAUGUAUGUUUUAAUUUACAAAUUGGAAAAUUCUAUAUUCUUUAGAUUUACAUGGAACCAGUUUAAAUACGUAAAAAAAUUGAUUUCUUAUUUAAAAAAUUAUAAUGAUAUUCUUUUUUUUAGACUUUAUAGAAAUGUUUAAGACGAAAGUCCUUGUAUUUUAAUAAUUUAAACUUUUGCUGGUGAUAUUUUAGGGUCAUAUUUAAGUGAUCCUAUAUAAAUAUCAACAAAAUUUUAUGGAACAGGAGAAUGCUUCCUUUUCAAAUUCUAAGAUGAUGUAAUUUAAUGCUAUAAAUCUACAGGAAUAAAUGAGCAUUAUAUGUUUUCUGAUUCAGAAGGUUUAGGUGUUGGAUGUGGUGAGGAAAAAUUCGGACUAUACAUAUAAAAAGAUCUAUUUAAAGGAUAAACUAAUUAAUGUUAAACUUAUGAUAAUGAAUUAUUAGUUUCAACAAAUAAAAAUACUUUUAAAAUAAAAAAAUUGGAAAUUUUAGGAUUAGAUAUGUGA